UGGGAAGGCAAAAAGUGCAAAGCACCCCGAUUACCCCGCGCUUGAACCAAUGACAAGUUCGAGAUAUAAUGACAGACAGCGCCCCCUCGGAAUCCAUGGAUUCCCUGCUUUUCCUCUGCGCCCGCCGCAUCGUCGCCCACCGCCCUCUUCCCGCCCUUCCUGCCGAUCUCUAUCCCGUCCUUUUCCAAGCUGCGUUCCUGGAUGGGAGACCCCUGGUCCUGCGGGAUUUGGUGACCGCUUGGCCCUUCCCGGUGCUCAACUUCCAGCGGCUCGUGGGGCGCCGGGAGCUGCUCCGGGAUCAUCCCUGCAAGCUCUGCGUCCAGGCCGUCAUCCUGGCCGUGGUGGCGCAGCUCCGGCGGGAUCUGGAGGAGCCGGGACGCGAUUCCAGACGGUUCCGGCUCCGCCUGCUGGACAUGACCGGACUCCCGGAUGCCGCCUCCGGCCGCGCUCCCGACGGGAUGAGCGUCUGGUCCGGCACCGUGGCCUUGGCCAAGGCCUGCGUGGAGGUGUCCAAGCACCAGCGGGAAUUCCAGAGGCGCGGAUCCAAGCGGCACAAAGGCCGUUCCGGCGCCGCCACGGCCGCGGCCGCUCCGCAGCCCCCGGGCGUGGACGUCCACGCCGACCUGUUCGUCAACGGAACAUCCUACGGGAUCCUCCGGGACGCGCUCCAGACCGGAGCCGCCGGCCCGCUGCGCCUCAAGUGCCGGGAAUUCCAAGCCGAGGAACUCUCGGCAUCCGGAAUCGUGACUUUGUUGGAAUCCUUGGAUCCUUCCUGCGUGCGGAGGGUGGAUCUGCGCUUCAACAAUCUGGGAUUGACCGGGCUCUCGGUGAUCCUGCCGCACCUCUCCUGCUUCCCGGAGCUGCGGAGCCUCAAGCUCCAGUACAGCAACGUCGACGUGCGGCGCCCGACGCCGGAAUCGGCCAUCGGAAUCCGGUGCCUGGCCGGGCAGCUGGGAAUGCUGCCCAGCCUCCGGGAGCUCAACCUGGGAUCCUCCCGGCUCUCCGGGAAUCUGCGCCAGAUCCUCUGCGACCUCCAGGCUCCGUUGGAAAGCUUGGAAUUGGCCUUCUGCUCCCUCCUUCCCGCCGACCUCGCCUUCCUCUCCCAAAGCUUCCACGCUCCGGCCCUCAAAAGGUUGGAUCUGAGCGGCCACGACUUCUCCCAAAGCCUCCUGGAGCCGCUCCGGCUGCUCCUGGAGGAAACCUCGGCCUCGCUGCUGCACCUGGAUCUCAUGGAAUGCCGCAUGGCCGACUCCCACCUGGACGCGCUGCUGCCGACGCUCCGGCGCUGCUCCCGCCUGCGCUUCCUGGGACUCUACGGCAAUUCCCUGUCCACGGCCGCGCUCAAGGAUCUGCUCCAGAAAACCCUGGAGCUGCCGGAUCUGCGCCUGGUCGUGUAUCCCUUCCCUGUGGAUUGCUACAAGCCGGAGGCGCCCUCGGAAUCCGGGUGGAAUUACGAGGAGCCCAUGGAUGGCGAACGUUUGGCGGCGGCGAGCGCCGAGAUUUCCCGGAUGUUGGCGAAUUCCGGGAGAACCGACCUCGUCUGGACUUACAAUCCCUACGGACACGGAGCCAUGGACUACUUCUCCUUGUGACUCGGGAAAGGCUUGGAGGCGGGAAAAGCUCGGAGCCUCCAGCCCGGAAAAGCGCCGCCUCCUUCUUCCCAAACUCUGGGGCGUUCCCCGCCUCAUCCCGGUGCUUUUCCACCUCAUUUUGGUCUUUUUCCACCUCGUUUUGAUCUUUUUCCACCUCAUCCCGAUGUUUUCCGCUUUAUUCCAGUAUUUUUCCACCCCAUCCUUUUGUUUCUCCGCUCCAUCCUGGUGUUUUUCCCCUCAUCCCGGUGUUUUCCCCCUCAUCCCAGUAUUUUUUUCCUUUCAUUUCCAUGCUUUUUCACUUCAUUUCGGGAUUUUUCCAGCUCAUCCCACUCUUUUCUGCCCCAUCCCGAGGUUUUUCUCUCAUUUUCUUGCUUUUCCACCCCAUUUUGAGCUUUUCCCAUCCCAUCCCGAUAUUUUUCCCCUCGUCCUGGUACCUUCCUGCCCCAUCCCGAUGUUUUUCCGCCUCAUUUCGGUGUUUUCCUGCCUCAUCCCAGUAUUUUCCUCCUCAUCCCAAUGUUUUUCCACCUCAGUUUGGUCUUUUUCCGCCUCAUUUUCCACCUCAUCCCGAUGUUUCCCCUCUUUUUUCUGUAGUUUUUUACCCCAUCCCGAUAUUUUCCCCUCAUCCCAGUAUUUUCCUCCUCAUCCCAGUGUCUUCCUACCCAAUCCCAGCGUUUUUUUCCCCCAUCCCACUCUUUUCCCACAACUUUUAUUGCUGCUCCAUCCCUGGUUGUAUCCGGAGGGAUCCGGCGCCACUGGAAAGCCCCGGAAUUGCCCUAAUUCCCACCGGAUAUUAAUGAAUCAUUAAUUAACAAA